UGGAUUUAUAUGGUCCAUUCGCCUCCUUUAAUGUACCAAAAAUGCUGGAAUUGAAAUUCGAGCAAAAAGAAAUGUGGAAAAUUUCAGGUGUUGUGUUUGUGCUUCAACCAUGCGCCACCAACCUAGCUCGUUAGCCAUACCAACCCAACUCGGCAUUUGAACAUUGGCAACCAAGAGCGAGCACCUACCUACCUCAUGGCAUACACCCUCGUCGUUGGCAACAAAAACUACUCGACGUGGCCUCUUCGAUCGUGGGUUCUCCUCAAGGAACUCAACAUCCCGUUCGACGAACAAGUGGCGCCGUUGGACGAUCUCACGGCGAAGAACCUUCGCGAGCCUUGGAUCAACCUCACGCCGACGCGAAAGUUCCCCUUGCUCAUUGUCGCGACCGACGGUGCUACUGCGCUGACGGGUAAUCCUCAAAUUGUGUGGGACAGCCUCGCGAUUGCGGAAACCGUGUACGAGUCGUACCCGAUCGUUUGGCCUACAGACUCGCGCGCACGGGCGUUUGCGCGCUCCGCCGCCGCAGAAAUGCACUCGGGGUUUACCGGCCUUCGCAACACCUUGAACAACAACGUGGGUGUUCGCAUCAAGCUGCACUCGACGGACGCGGAGUUCGCUGCCGACCUCGCUCGUUUGAGUGCGUUGGUUCAGCAAGGGCUGGCGACGUUUGGCGGCCCCUUCAUCGCUGGCGCUACCUUCACGGCCGCCGAUGCCAUGUACUGCCCCGUGGCGUUUCGAUUUCAAACGUAUGGAAUCACUGUCGACGACGCUGACGUGAAUGCGUACUUUGACCGCCUCCGCAACUUGGCGUCGAUGCAAGAGUGGGAACGUGGCGCACUGGCCGAGCCAUACCGCAUUCAAAAAUACGAAGAUCUUGCCCGCCAAGUUGGCGUUGUUGUUCGCGACCUUCGCCAAGCGUAGCGGCCUUAACCUGUAGCUAGCUUGUUUCUAUGCUUGACAAAACCUUUCACCUCCUCUUCUGCGGUGUCGGUUCAAGCGGAUAACACGGAAAGGAGUUGCAUUCGAUGGUGAAACCCCA